AUGUAUUCAGAUGGCCGUGAUACACUCUUGACUGAGCAUUUUCAGCUCCAAAAAGACAUUAACGAUAUACAAUCACAAAUUCGGAAAUUGGAAAAGACAAAUAGACUUCUGGACCAACAAAAUCGACAGCUUAAGCUGGAACUAGACUCACUCAGUAACAGUGCUCGUCUAAGAGACUCUGAGAAAACAAAUAAUCCCAGUUUGUUCCCAAACAUAGGGUUGUCCCGCUUACUUAAUAAGGAAUAUUUGCUUGAAACCUUCAAUAAAGCAGCUGAAAUUUCGUCUGAAAUCUACGAUGUGGCCUCAGGCGAGAUUGCAAGACAUGCAAAGUGUGUGGCAGAUGAAGUUGCUUGCAGGCUCCUGCCGUCAAACCUUCAGUUAAAUACUCAACGACAAAGCUCUAUACACUCAAACUCUAGUGUUGACAGUUUAAAUGACUUGGUAAGCGGUUUAGGUAGUAUAAGUGCCAUGAGCAGUGUGAUGGCAGACACCACCACUGCUAACCUUUCAAGCAAUGAGUCGAGCGACGUUAAUGCUCAUCCAACCUCUGACGAAGAACUAACAUAA